AUGCUCAGUUUGGAAAGUAUGAAACCUAGUAAGCUGAAAAAGCAUUUUGAGCAUCUUCAUGAAGAAUUCAAAGACAUUGACUUUUUCAAGUGUAAAGUGAAGUCUCUAAAGGUGAAAUUUGACAUUAUCCAAUAUAAACGCAUUCAGUCUCAAAAAGGAGCGGCAGGGUGGUUCCAUGGAAAAAUCAGUCGAAACAAAGCAGAAGCUCUUCUUCAUGCAGGGGAGGAUGGCCUGUUCUUGGUUCGUGAGAGUACUAAUUUUCCUGGAGAUUACACUCUGUGUGUAUGCUACAGGAAUAAAGUUGAACAUUAUCGAGUUAUUUAUACAGAUAACAGACUUACCAUUGAUGAAGAAGAAUACUUUGAAAAUCUGUCCAAGCUAGUAGAGCAUUAUCAGAAGGAUGCAGAUGGUCUUUGUACCCAUCUUCGAAAACCUGUUCCGAAAGAAGGAGGGCUUGAGUUUUCUGUUGACUCUAGUGCCUUUGAACAAGCUGGAUGGGUGGUUGACAAAAAAGACCUAAAACUUGGAGAAGUGUUAGGGAAAGGAGAAUUUGCUGAUGUUUCACUAGGAACUUUACGUGGCCAAAAAGUAGCUGUCAAAAUUUUAAAAGACUGCAGUAAAGCUACUCAGAAAUUUCUUGGUGAAGCUUCAGUGAUGACAACGUUACAACAUGCAAAUUUGGUUCAGCUGAUUGGAGUUGUUUUUGAUGGACCAUCUGUCUGCAUCAUUACAGAAUUUAUGUCCAACGGAUCGUUAGUGGAUUAUUUGCGAUCUAGGGGACGUCAGCAUGUUUCUAAGAAAGAUCAAAUAGCAUUUGCAACGGACACCUGUGCUGGAAUGGCAUACUUAGAAUCCAAACAUGUUGUACAUAGGGACUUAGCUGCAAGAAAUGUCCUAAUCUCUGAAGAAGGAGUUGCCAAAGUGUCUGAUUUUGGUCUUGCAAGGGAGGAAUCUUUUAAUUUGGAAGGAGGAAAGUUUCCUAUCAAAUGGACUGCACCAGAAGCUCUGAAAUACAGUAAAUUUUCCAAUAAAUCAGAUAUGUGGAGUUUUGGAAUUCUUCUAUGGGAAAUUUAUUCUUUUGGUAGAGUGCCUUAUCCGAGAAUUCCACUGGCCGAUGUAGUCAAACAUAUAGAAAAAGGGUAUCGUAUGGAAGCUCCUGAGGGUUGCUCUCCAGAGGUCUAUGAGAUUAUGCGACAGUCUUGGGAUUUAGAUCCAAACAAACGUCCGUCUUUUACAGAGAUUUUAAAGAGACUAGAGCACUUACGAUCUUUGACAUUCUGAAUAGUUAAAAUGGUUGGGAAAUUUUGUGAAGUGAUUCUCCCAAGUUCAACUUUGAAAUUUUGUGGAAGCAAGUUUCUAGUACUAACUGGGCAGUAUGUGCCUUAUAGAAGUGAAGGAAACAUUGGUGUUUGCCAGUAAUAUAAUAAAGAUCCAGCAUGUAAUACCGAGGCUUUGAAUGUGCUGGGGAAUUUUGUUUCUCCUACUAAAAACACUUUGAUUUGUAAUAUACAAAAGUAUGGUUGAUUUUUGUUUUGUGGUGUGUAAUUUAUUACAAUAAAGAGCAUGAAAUGAUGAAAUUAUUAAAACUCCCAUUUUGCAGUUUUUUUUCAAUAUAAAUGUGAAAGCUUAUUAAAACCUUUUUUCUUCUCCUAAUUAUUUAAACUAUCAUAUAAUAGAUAUUAUUUGCCGGUUUUCUUCUUUUGUUACCAAAGCUACUUAUAUGAAUAUGAAAGUGCAUCCUCCCAUUACACUGUUAAUGUUUAAAGCAACUCCAUUUUUUGUUUUGUUUUUAAUUGUACAUAUCAAGUGUUUGUGAUAAUUCCAAACUGUUUAAUAUUUUGUAUUACGUAUAAGAAUGGUAAAUUUAAAUGUGUGUGUGUGUAUUGCAGUCAGGAAUUAGCUAUACUUUGUUUUAUUAGUUGAUUAUAUUUUAUGCAGUUCUCAUUUUUCUCUUUCUUUUUAUCUUUACAAUAGAAGUCUUCCAAGUCUUUCUUUGUAUUUAAGAUACUUAUAUUUUGUGCUUUAUCAGUAAAUACAAUUUGUAAUGAGCAGAAAAGAAAUUUUUGAACAGACUGGUAAUAACAGUUUUCUGAACUAAUUUAUGAAAGGUGUUAACCAGAAUUAAUAGUGUAUAAAAAAUGCUGUAAUUAAUAUUUAGCAGAUGUAAAAUGAGCUAAGCUAUUUUUUAUAUGAAAUUUAAUUGUAUUAAUAUAUGAAGGUAGAAUAGUCAAAAAAUGACUAUUUUGACACUAUAUUCAUUUUCAUCAGUUGUUAGUUUUAACAAGUUUUUUAAUAAAAAGGUGAUAAGAAAGAACAUUACAUCAUAAUCUCAGAAAUUACUCUUGACUUUGUAUACAAGGCUUUUUAUUCUGCUUUUCCUCUAUAAAUAUAUCACAAUAAUGCUGAAAAUGGACAUUUUGAUAUGAUUUUUUUAGAAUAUUUUACGUAUUAAUGAUGUGGUAAAUAAUCAUUUUUGUUAAUAAUGUUCUGUCAUAAAUAGCCAAGUUUACUGGGGCCUCACAAAAUACAGUAUGAAAUUAUGUAUGUAUUGUAAACUGGAUUUAUGCUUUAGUAAUUUACACUUAAUUUUACUAAAAUAAUUGUUUUAAGUAUUUGAAUGAAGAGAAGGUGCUUUUUUCAACUAUGAUAUAUAAGGCCAGCUAUUUAGUAUUAGGAAGGAUUUGUUUGUGAAAUUUUUAAAGGCCUAAACUAAUAAAAACUUCAAAUAUUAAAUAGCUUUAAAAUUUUGAGAUUUCGAUAUAUUGGACAGGAAGUUUUGGUAACUGGUUAGCAUGUUCAUAACUUGAUGUCCCCAAAUUGAAAGGUUAGAAUAAUUUUAAGACAAAAUAGAAGCAUGAGAUGAGUGUGCUUAGAAUUUUAACAAGUACAGUUUCUCCUCAAAAAUACUGUCUUUGCUAUGAUUCAGUCUAAACUAUCUCAGCUUGAUUGGUGUCAAAAUUAAGUUUCCAUGAAGUAUCAAUAAUAGCUGCUAAUUAAGGCAUGUGGACAUUUGGUACUUGGUAAAGUUCAGGCAUUUAUGGCAGAGAUAUUGUAAUGUGUAUAUUAAGAAAUAGUUAAGAAAGUAUUUGCUACUUGUUUGUGUUUACUAUAUUUAACAAGUCUUAGUGUUGCGUUAAAUGGUUAUAAAUAGAUACAAUACCCAUUCUCUUAAACCAUGACAGCAUUUUUAGUUUGUUUCAUUUCAAUGUAAACCUGUUUAAUUGAGAAGUUUAGUCUUGUGGGUACUGUGAUUAGAUCUUGUUUUUUUUUUCUGUCAGUUUUCAUAAGAGAUUAAAACUCUUGGUAUUGAUGAUGGUUAUGUAAAAUGUUUCUCUACAAGGUAAAUAUACUUAGAAGUAGUUCAAUUAUGUUCACUGUUUUUACUGUCAUCCUUGUCCUGUUCAUCUGUGUUUAUUUCUUUCUGUACUUUGAAAAAAAAAAUGUUAUGAUACAGUAUUUAAUUUACACAAAGCACGUAGUUUAACACAAGUUUUAGUCGGUAUUUAUAGCUAUGAAAAUAUGUGAUGAAAAUUAAUUACAGGAGAAAGAAGUUUUAAUACAUUCACUCUUUUCUUUGUUUAUGUUUUAUUUAAAAAAAUAUGGGUUUCAAUGGAUGCUGACUAAUGAACAGUUAUCAAGUGUUACGAUGCUUUAAAAGUGUUGGAUUAAAAGCUUAAAUCCUC